AUGGAUGAGGGGCAAGGCUCUGAUGAUGAGGAAGGGAAGACAGCUGAGAUUGUCAUUGGUGAUCCUCUUCCUUCCACUUCCUUUGUCACAGUACAGCCAUCCACUUCCUCUGAGAACCUGGAUGUUCAAGCAGAGACCAGUGAAGGAUCAGGAAAUCAGGACAACCAAGUACUUCUUGGAACUGGGAAUGACAACUACCAGACUGUGACCCUUGUUGCAAGUGAAGGGAACCCAAAUGAACUUAGCUAUGUCCUCAUAGUUCAGCAGCCUGAAGAAGGUGAAAGUGAAGGAAUGGAGGGUAAUCAGGACAUGACAGUGUAUGACUUCAAUGAGGGGGAAGAGAUGCCUGAGGAAGGGGAUGGUGCCACCUCUGAGGUUGAAGAUGACAAAAGCAAGGUCUUCAAACUCAUCCCAAAGAAGAGUCAGACUGUCACUCAGGCUCACAUGUGUAACUACUGCAACUACGUCAGCCCUAAACGGUAG